AUGACCUCGACCGUCGCCUCCGCCAUUCGCCCUGGUCUCCGCGACGCACGACAGCUAUCCAGCUCUACCUCUCCUCACACUCCGAGCCGCUACAUCUCGUCCGUGCAGUCGUCGCCGGGCUCCUCGCUGUUUCGCCCUGAAGAAGACCCUAUCAUUAUCGAGCUCGACCCACGCGGCCUGAGUGCUGGCUUCCAAGGCGAAAGCGGCCCGCAAUGCCGCAUCGCGUUCAAUCCGCAGAAUUCAAGGAGAGUCGGCGACUACCGCACAUACUUGCCGGAGUGUAGGAGGAGAAAGGAGGAUUUACAAGCGCGCAGCAAAAAGUAUGAGUUGUGGAGAAGCGACUUGAGGGAUGUGGACUUAGGGUUGGUUGAAGAUAAGUUGGAACGGGCGGUUCGGGAGGCGUACACUAAACAUUUACUGGUCGAUGCUGGGGUUGCGAGGCUGGUUCUGGUUUUGCCGUCCUUGGUGCCUCAUCCGGUGCUGUCGACGAUUCUCACGCUCUUGUUCGAACGAUGGAAGUAUUCCUCCAUUACACUUCUGCCCGCGCCAACAAUGACUGUCGCCGCGGCGGGAUUACGCUCCGGUCUGGUCAUUGACUUGGGAUGGGAAGAGGCAGUGAUCACGGCUGUCUACGAAUAUCGGGAAGUACAUGUCCGUCGAAGUACGCGUGCGAUGAAAGAUCUGACAUGGAAAAUUGGGGAGUUGUUGGACUCGAUCAGAACACAGCAAGAUGAGUCGAUCCGAGAUUCACUACUGUUAGAUUUUGACUUUGUCGAAGAGUUUAUCGAUCGGGCUGGAGCGUGUCAUGCACUGGUUGUUGCUCCAGAAGACCCGUCAGCGACAACGGAGGGAUCGAAUCUCGACAACCAACAACACACUGAUGCCGACAGCAACAGUGCGACAAGCCUCGUAUUUGACUGGCCCACCAACACAUCAUCGCGACCAGUGUCUAUUUCUCGGGCAGCACUCCAUCAAGCUUGUGUCGGGGUCUUGAUAGGAUCGAAAGACGAAGAACACACUGACGACCACGAGCAAUCCCUCAGCCAACUCUUGUACAGAACUCUUCUCUCUCUGUCUUCCGAUGUUCGCAGUGUCUGUAUCUCUAGGAUCAUUUUCUCAGGUCGGGGCUCGACGGUUGCUGGUUUGCCCGAAUGCAUCCUGGACACCACCAAUUCCAUCAUCCAGCAGCAUGGUUGGACAGCUAUAAGAGGCAAGCAUUUCAACGCCAAACGCAGCGGCCUCGCAGAGUUGGCCCAGGGUAGAGCUGCUCCUGUGGAUGCUCGACAUGAUUUGAACCCGCCUGGCACCGAUGACUUCAUCGAAGAACGACUGUACAAACAAAGGUCAAAGGAUGCACCACCCACGGAUCCGCCCGUCCUUCGUCAAGUGGAUUCUCUUGGACCAUGGGCGGGGGCAAGUCUUGUAGCCAGUUUGAAGGCCAAAUCUUCGGUCGAAAUCGAGAGGGAGAAGUUUCUAUCGCAUGGACUAGCUGGGGCACAUCGUGAUAUUGAUUCGACCGCCAUUUCUCAACGCGUGACUGGGGCAAAAGGCGCCGAGAGGAUAAGUUGGACUUUGGCUGGAUGGGCUUGA